UGACAAACCCGUGACGGGACGUCGCUGGUCCAUGACUGAAAGAGCAACAUAAUUCAAACAUGCUCGGCCACCCGUUCGAACCCCCCUUUGGUCAACGCAUCCAGCCCAGCUGGUCCUGUCGCCGCACAGGCGCCGCCACAGAAGCGAUGUCGUUUUGUUUUGUUGCUGGUCGUCAUCAGGCAAGUACGAUGUUUGCUGUCGUCUUCGUCUCCGUCGUCGUCGUCGUCGUCGCCGCCCCAACGCCUCAACGCCGCAACGCCGUCUCACUCCACGCCUCUGCUGGCGAGACAGCUCGUUUCAACUGCAAGGCGCGGGCCAGGCCAGACAGAUCUGCGCUCGCGUGGCGGGUUCGGCGCAGGGCGUGCCAGGCUUCUGGAAUGUCGCGCCGUGCCUGACCACAGGUGAGACAGGGCGGCAUGUGUGGGCGGGCGGGCGAUGGUCCCUGCGCACAGAUGCUGCUGCGUGUGCGAGCCCGUCCCGCCCAGCCAGGCGCCGCGUGGGACAUGACAGGACCAGGCGGCGGGGAGAGAAUGAGACGGAAAUGGCUCACACGCAGCGUUGGGAGGCGGCACGAGGCGUGCG